CUAGAAAUAUUUAUGUUUUCAUUAGGGAAUGAGCAAAGUGUUCCUAAUCUAUUGAUUAUCACUUUCGGUUCCUCCAAUUACUCAAUAAUUCAUCCAAUGCAAACCAAGGCUCUCAAACAUAGGAUGCAUCAGAUGGUACGUCACAUUUCAUAAAAUAUUUCAUCCCUUUACCCUGGAGGAGAAAUAAUUAGUGCCAAGUAUUUGUUCACUUAAUUGAUAUAUUUUAGCUGCAUUUCUGCUAUUCAGCUAGUUCAAACAUGAUGUGACCCUUUGACAAAUUGGGGUCGAUUGGGGCUUUUAUUUCACAUUCCAGAAUUUCUAAUAUAUUGGAUGCUCUCAGCUAAUUGAUCCAUUUGUACUAAUAUUGUGAUAAUAACUUGUAAUCAUUCAUAUUAAUAAUUGUUCAUAUUAUUUUGUAUUUGUAAUGCAGUCAAAAUCGUUACUUCCCAAGCAGCUGAGCAGAUUCAAGAAGAUCUGAAUCUGUCAGCAUUUUGUUCACUUGUUCACUUGAAAAGUUUGAACCCCAUCACUCACGGUAUGGGGCGGGCUAUGGUACGGGCAACGAAUUCAGGGUACGGGGUACGUAUGUACAUACCAAUGAUCUCUAAUUUAGCCACUGAAUUGUACCCUAACAAUUUAGCACGCCCCAAUGACCAAUCGCUCCAUCUUGCAAUCGAGCAUGUGUCAGAUUUGCGUUAAUGCACAAGUGGUCGUCGGUCGAUGAUGUGUAUGUGCGAAUCGAAGUGCAGAGUUAUUUAUUCUGUUCCAGACGAUUAGCUCAUAGCCUAGCGGUUGUCAUCACAUUAUGUGAGUCAUAUAGUUAUUUAAAUAUUUCUUCAUUCCAUAGGGAACUUACGUUGAUUUCUGCAUGUUACAUUUCGUCCGUUCGUCAGAAGACAACCAUCAAAUUUAAUCAACAAUUGCAGGUCGUACGAAAUGGGGCAACUGCAAGGGUUGAUAUCGAGUGGAAGAGUUGAAUUCGACGAAAACAGUGAAAAUGGUUUGGUGAUAAACGACAAAUAUAUUCCAGAGGAAGUGUUGAAUCAGAUAUUACUGUACACGGACUCCAAGACCUUAUUGAAUUGUCAGCUGGUUUGUAAGCGUUGGCAUUCGUCGCUUCAAACUUAUGUAUGGAAAAAAAAAGCCGAGGCAGUGAUAGGGAGGCUAUUACAGUUUGACACACAGAUGCCAUGGUUUUUUUACUACGUUAUAUGUUCAAAAAAAUCUAUGGAAAAAAAUUUAAUCAAGAAUCAUUCUGGAAAAGAUGGAUUGAAGAAACAUUGGAGGAUACGGAGCGAGGGAGGAGAUCUAUGGAAAAUUGAAUGUCCUCCACUGGGUGCCCCGGUUAUGCCACUUUCAGAUCCAGUCUUUGAAGGUAAACAAUAUUGCUUUGUAACCUCGUAUGGUAGCUGCAGCAAAGAACAAACUGUCGACCUAAUUGCUGAAGGGAUGCUACCACAAAUACUGGAUAAUAUUCAACCGCCGAUCACAAUAAGCGAGUGGUACUGCUGCCGAUGGGAUUGUCCGGCAAUAUAUGAAUGUUCAGCAAAAUUAAUCGACAAAGAUGCAAAAGUCUUAGAUACCUUUGCAUUCCGUGAUUCUCUUGAGGAAGAAAAACAAAAUAUUUGGCUUCAUGUGGAACACGAGUUUACCAAUUAUGGACCUGGUCUGAGGAAGGUGGUUUUUUAUCACGGAGGUAUGGACAGAAGCUUUUGGGCUGGCCAUUAUGGUAGUAAAAUGGCUGGUGCCUGCGUCAAAGUAAAUUUACCAAAAUCUUAUAAACCAACUAAAAAACCGUCCGUUCCGUUGCUGGGUCAAUCUUCUACACAUGUCCUUAAUGCCGAAUCUGCAGAAUCUCUUGAAAAUGAUCAUUAGCGUUCCAUUUUGUUUUUCUCUAGGCACAGUCCUGAAGCAGCGGGAAUCUGCUGAUUGUUAAUAAAUUGUACAAAACAAAUUAUAUAUAAUGAUGUUAAAUAGUGCGCGUGUAAAUGUGUUUUAACGACGAGUGUCAAUUUAUCUGGGGAACAACAAUCAAUUUGGGAGUCCCAGGUUGAGAAAGUGAUAAGGAGUGCAAACUUAGUGGUAGGAAAGGUUGGCUUGUAGUAUCGCCCUAGCGAGCUUUAAUUGUCAAGUAUAACAUCAUAGUAAUAAAGUUUUUUAUUGAUUUUUCGAAAAGUUA